AGAGAGAGAGAGAGAAAGAGGGAGAGAGGGAGUGAUUGUGUGUCCUGGCUAUUUUCAAGAGUCAGAGAGAGAAAGUGCAGAGGAGGUCUGCUGUGUGGUUUCAAUGUGCGACCCAGGCAGACUGAAAGAGGCGUGAGUUUACUUGUCGCUGCCGCUCUGAAGGCAAAUUGGAUGCUGGACACGGGAAUUUAAUACCUGUAACACAAGGACCGUAACAGAUCACAUGCAGUCUCAGCAAAGCGCAGAAGUGGUCGGAGAUGCAAGCGGCUCCCGGAUCGUUUUCUCCGGGGCGCCUGGAGUCUCUUCAGGUCAGCGCAUCCUUAUGCCCCCGGAGCUGACCCAUCACGAGGUGGUGGUCAUCUCACCGGGACUCCCUACUCCGCCUAUGAGCCCUUUUCGCACCGCCAGGCUGCCAUCUCGAGAGCUCAAGCAGGAGUCUGAGCUAAAUGGAGGAGCCCCAGGACCUCUCAGCUUUGGAGCAUACUAUGGGCCCACGCAGUCACAUGGUGGGAUGUCCAAUGGCGUCCAGGGCGUUGCCACUUUGCCACGUAGCUGGACCCCGACUAGAGAGGAGAGACUCAUCAAGUUCUCGGGAAUCGGUCCAGUGGACGAGUCCGGGAUGCCCAUCGCCUCCAGAUCAAGUGUAAACAAGCCCAGAGACUGGUACAAGAGCAUGUUCAGACAGAUUCACAAGAGGCCAGAGGAUUCUGACGAUGAGGACUCAGAGCAGUGGACGGCUGAACGACUCCGCUUAGCUGCCGGCUCGGAGGAAAUUAUGAAAGCCGACCAGGAUCUCUUCAGACUAACACCUCAUGGAGCGCUACCGGACUGGAGUGAGGAUGUAGAUAAGCUGUCAGACCCAGGAAGGCAACCCCGUCAGCCGAAGAGCAUAUACGACUUUGAGCCGGGAAACACCACCACCUCAGAAAGCCGGAGACAGGCACAACUUUCCCCGAAAAAAGUUCCUGAGAAACCAAAGUCCCCUUCCAUUGAGGCCAGUCUGGUGUCUGAGCUGAGUCGAUUUGAGGCUGAGCUGGACUCCGAUAUUCAGGGCCUGGAGAGGCGACUGUCCCAGAAGAAGCAGCGUCGAGGCCGGGGUGAGGAGGCCAGGGGCAGGGAUCCAGUAACUGCUCCAAAGCCCAGCGCUACAAACUACAGCUAUUCACCAGCACCAGUCCAGCCUGUCCACCGCGCUGUUGGGACACCAUCAUCCUUUACUCCCACAUAUGUAGACCGUCUUUCCCCUGCAAAUGAAACCAUGGAGCGGUCAACUAAAAAAGAGGAGAAAAAGAUGAAAGCAGCACGUGUCAAGUACAAUUUUCAGGCUCAGUCACCCAAGGAGCUGAUGCUGCAGAAAGGCGAGAUUGUUUACAUCCACAGGCAGGUAGAUGCCAACUGGUUUGAAGGAGAACACCACGGAAGAGCUGGCAUUUUCCCUACGUCUUAUGUGGAGAUUCUGCCUCCUACGGAGAAGCCAACGCCUAUAAAGUCUCCCACUCUUCAGGUGCUGGACUACGGUGAAGCUGUGGCUCUGUAUAACUUCAAUGCCGACCUACCCGUCGAACUUUCUUUUCGUAAAGGUGAAGUGAUCAGCAUUUCCAGGCGCGUUGACGAUCAGUGGUUGGAGGGCAGGAUCUCAGGAACAGGCCGGAGCGGCAUCUUCCCUGCCACUUAUGUCCAGGUCAACAAGAUGCCCCGCACAAAAUACUCCACGGACGACUUCUCACCAGGGCCCCUGUCUCCCGGCUCCCCUGGAGCCCAGAGUCCGGGACGUCCACUAUACUCACCAAGCCCACGUUCCCCGUUGUCCCCAUUCACUUAUACGUCCCUGAGCCCCAAACCCGAGCACUCCCCGCUGAAGCCGUCCUCACCUGAGCCAUGCGGCAGCCCAGCUUCACAGUCACGCUCCCCCACCCAGACACCUGUACCUAAAGAGACGGCAAAUCGUACGCUCCACUGCACGCCCAAACCCGCUUCGCCCAGCAACCACAACAGCCACUGGCCUGGGACGCACUCAGCUAACCAGAGCCCCACAGCUAGAGCCGUUUCACCUUCCACUCCGUCAUCCGUUCACAGAGCAGGAGCUCCCACAGCCGACACCCCCCGAUGCACUGACCCCUCACAGGGUGCAAUACCAAACCAGGCUGCUCCAUUUAAUCCACACGUCAACUCCCUGCCGCAGAGACGAGCCCCAAGCAUCCCCGGUUCAGCGGCGGUGCAGCGCCACCCAUACAGAGCUGUUUAUGACUACAAACCGCAGAAUUCGGACGAGUUGGAGCUCAGAGAAGGAGACGUUGUACAAGUGAUGGAGAAAUGUGAUGACGGCUGGUUUGUAGGUACGUCAGAACGGACUCAUGCUUUUGGGACUUUUCCCGGGAAUUACGUGACACCCGUUUGACUUCCUCACACCCUGCUUGCCCGCAUCCAUCGGGGACUCAUAAGAGCCCAACUAAUAAUCAUUUUUCAUCACAUUCCCCACCACACUCCCAAACCAGGUUUAGUACGGCCUGCAUGUGCACUCUAUUUCCAAGAAGACAGUUGAAGUGGGGGAGGGGAGGGGGGGUCAUUACGUGGUUUCUCGCCUCACCUCGCUGCAUGUAUGCGUGUUGCACAGAGACUUGGAGUGUUUUCACACACAAACACACACACACACAUCACUUGUGAGGAAAAGAAAUGAAUGCUGAUGACGCUGUUUCAGAUGCAAAGAAUGGACUUUUGUGUUCCACAACCAUUUGCAGCUGGAGGAAAUUUGCAUUCCUUUCCCACUGAACGCCACAGUUCCCUCUGAGGUCCUGACACAGAUCAGGGAUGCUGCAUUCAGCUUUUUUUGUCACCACAGUGCCUCCACAAACCGCUGCUGAGAAUUAUGGAUGAAGAUGAGGAUUUUUAUUCAGCAUUUUGUUGGAGCAUUAAUAUUUCCUUUCAAUAUUCUCCCCUGAUUUCCAUUCAGAUCUCUGAAAAUGCCUGGGACACAUUUGAGGAAGCAUCAUGACCAUCUGUAAAUAGUGCUCAGAGUAAAGCACAGAAAGGGCUCAGACAUAUCAAGAUGCGUUUACGGCCUUCCCCGAGGGUAUGCGGAAAAAGUAGAAUUAAGUAGAAAUGAAUACAUGUGCAGGUUUCUUAAGCAAGUCAUUGAUUUUUUUGGAUGACACGUAUCUCUCGUAAGCAACAGAGUGCAAAGCCAAAGGUGAAUGUAAAGAGACAGACUGUGUUCUGUGCUGUGAUGCAACUUUCUUUCUUUUAAAAUUACAUGUCAGAUCUCUAUAAUUUGUCCACGAUCUUGUAUUUAUCUUGAAUAGCUUUAAGUUGAAUCGAGACAAAGUCACAGCAAAUGGUCGAAAGAUCCUUUGUAGUAUCUAAAUUAAUACCGUAUGUGCCAAAACUAACCAGCUCACUUUACUACUGCAACUGCUUUUACAAUGUUUUCUCUGCGUAAGGGGUCAACAUUCUCACUUUGAAAACAGUAUCCAGAAAAUCACCCAUGCUUGUGCCGGUGCAACCGUUGACCAGUUUGUAAGACUAAUUAGGAAUCCUCAUCAUGAAGUUAUUUUUAUAUGAUAUAUUCAUGAUUUUACUGAAAAUAAAAUGAAUCAUAUUUAGUAGACACAGGAUGUGACUGUACAGACUGUAACCUUUUAAUAAACUGAAAGUAUAAUAUAUUUGCUUUAACGAUGUAUUGCAUAUGUAUGGUACGCAAUUUUUAAAAAAUCUAUUAAACAUUACAGAGUGAUACUGAA